CUGAAGAAUUUUUUAAUCUAAAAACAAUUUAUAACCGCUCUGUGACACAUUAUAUCUACCUGUGCGCAGCAAUUUGAAAAAUUAUUUCAGUCCCGCUGCGUCGCGAUUAAACCAUUAACACAGUGUAGCAGCAGUUUAAAAAAAAUAAGAUUGUGAUGCAUCCAGCGUUCGACAAUGCCGGCACUAGCAAGGGCCUGGAGGUGUGGAGAAUCGAGAACUUCGAACCCGUUCCAGUGGCGAAAACCUCCUAUGGGAAAUUCCACACCGGCGAUUCGUACAUCGUCUUGAAUACCAAACAGUCCAAGAGUGGAGUUCUGUCCUGGGAUAUCCACUUCUGGCUGGGCUUGGAAACAACCCAGGACGAAGCCGGAUCGGCCGCUAUCCUCAGCGUCCAGCUGGACGAUCGGCACAACGGAGCGCCGGUUCAGCACCGCGAGGUGCAGGACCAUGAAUCGAGCCUAUUCCUGAGCUACUUCCCCGGUGGGGUUCGCUAUGCUGCGGGCGGAGUAAAGAGCGGUUUCAACGAGGUCGAAACGAAUGCCGCCGGCGAGAAGCGCCUCUUCCAGGUCAAGGGUUCGAAAAAUGUUCGCGUAAGACAGGUACCGCUUGCUCUGGCUUCGAUGAACAAGGGUGAUUGUUACAUUUUGGACGGAGGGUACGAGAUCUACGUUUACGUUGGACCGAGCGCCAAGCGGGUGGAGAAGAUCAAGGCAAUUAGUGCCGCUACGCAAAUUCGAGACCAAGAUCAUGCGGGCCGCGCAAAUUUGCACAUCCUCGAUGAAUUUGCUAGCUCGGCUGAACAACAGGAGUUCUUCGACGUUCUUGGUGAGGGAUCGGCCGAUGAAGUUCCCGAGCAAUCGGAAUGUGAUGAUACGUACGAGCAAGCUGAUAACAGCACCGUUAGCCUGUACAAGGUCUCAGAUGCUGGUGGCAGUUUGAGUAUCGACCUUGUAGGAGAGCGGCCCCUAAAGCAGAACAUGCUCGAUUCCGAUCAGGACUGCUUCAUUUUGGACGCGGGAGCUUCAGGAAUCUUCGUUUGGGUUGGCAAGGGUGCAACUUCCCAGGAAAGAUCGCAAUCAAUGAUCAAGGCACAGGAGUUCAUCUCAACCAAAGGCUACCCAAUGCACACACAAGUUCAUCGUGUGAUCGAAAAUGGGGAAACAACGGACUUCAAGCAGUACUUUGCCAGCUGGAAAGACAAGGGAAUCAAUCACACCCAUCUCAUCAAGGCUGCUAUGGAUGACGACAGUUCCGUGGAAGGUGAAGAACGUGAAUUCGAUCCGGAGAUUCUGCACAUGUUCAAGAAAAAUGGAGGUCGAGCUCUUGGAUUCAUGCCGGAUAAUGGUCAGGGUGAAGCUGAGGUCUGGCGUGUAGAAAACUUCGAUCUGGUUCCGAUUGAACCACAAACCUACGGCAUGUUCUUCGGAGGUGAUUCGUACGUAAUCAAGUACGAGUACCAAAACAAAAGAGGUGGCCAUGGCUUCAUCAUCUAUUACUGGCAAGGUAAGCAGUCUUCACUGGACGAAAAGGCUUCCGCUGCCAUUCAUGCCGUUCGUUUGGAUGACGAACUUAACGGUAAGGCCAUUCAGGUUCGUGUAACACAAGGUCACGAACCCAGGCAUUUCUUGAAAAUUUUCAAGGGUAAGCUAAUCAACUUCACCGGUGGUCAUGCUUCCGGCUUCAAGAACAUCCACGAUCAUGACACUUAUGAUGUUGACGGAACUCGCCUUUUCCGAAUCCGUGGCACUUGCUCGGAUGACGUAAGAGCUGAACAACUCCCUGAGACGGCCAGCUCUCUCGCCUCCGACGACGUAUUCAUCUUGGAAACACCUUCGGGAACCUAUGUUUGGCAUGGCGUCGGAGCUUCUGAUUUGGAGAAGGAUAUGGCAGCUAACAUUGUGGGAACCAUCUCACCGGAUGCGACCCCACAGAUCAUUGACGAGGGCUCUGAGCCCGCAGAAUUCUGGGCAGCACUUGGAGGAGAGGGUGAAUACGAUCGUGAACUAGACCCAACCGGCGCUCCGUUCCUGACUCCUCGUCUGUUCCACUGCAGAAUCCUGUUUAACAAACGACUCCGCGUCGAAGAAGUGCCACAUUUUGAGCAAGAAGACCUCAACGUAGACGACGUGAUGGUGCUGGAUGGUGGCGACGAGAUCUACGUCUGGAUUGGAAACGGAGCUACCGAAGAGGAACGCACCAAAUCCAUCGACAUGGCCAAGCAGUACAUCCGAACGGACCCAUCGGAGCGGAACGAGGACACGGUGCCGAUCGUGAUUCUGAAGCAAGGCGAAGAGCCUCGCAGCUUCAAGCGGCUGUUCCCCGCCUGGGACGAUGGUCACUGGGAGAACCCUUAUACCACUUGUCUGUUCAGCUCUCGUGACGUUGGAAUGUUUCGAUUGUAGCUCGUCUGUUGUUGAAUUGGGUAAAAAUUGGGUUUGCACUUGCUAACGUUUGUUUGGUUUGCCUUCACUAACUCUCUAAGUUUCGAUCAAUGUCACUUUCCUUAGAAACCUCAAUAUAAUUUAGCUUGAUCCUGCUUGACCUAGAUCUAACCCUGUAGAACAGCCCUCGUCAAUCUGCAUGUACUAAGUAUCUUGGGUGUUCUAAAUUUAUAUUCAUAAUAGUAACACUCCAUUCAUAUACUUUUCCACAGUCACAACCAUCAUACGAGAGUAUUCGCCAACAGAUACUGGACCAAAAUCAGCCAAAAGAGUAAUAUAUGAACAAAACAAACACAUUAUUUCGACCCGCACAAACUUUAUCCGUACUUAACUAUGUUGACCUAUGCGUGUUGACCAAAUAUUUAUGAUCAAUAUAUUUUAUCAUGACAAGUCG